AUGGACGGAACUCUGAUGACAGAAGAUGGGUUUCCGGCGACAAGGCUCUUCAACCAGGGAUACUCAUACACAUAUGACGACGUUAUCUUCCUUCCCCACUAUAUCGAUUUCCCAGCAGACGCCGUCUCUCUCUCUACCAAGCUCAGCCGUAGAGUUGCACUUGCCACUCCCUGCGUCGCCUCCCCUAUGGACACCGUGACUGAGUCCUCUAUGGCUGCUGCCAUGGCCUCCCUUGGUGCAAUCGGCAUCGUCCAUUCCAACUCCACGCCUUCUCACCAGGCCUCAUUAGUUCGUUUAGCGAAAUCACACAAAAUUCCCUUCAGACAUGAUCUCAUCUUCAAAUCUCCCUCUGAUUCGAUUCUAUCCGCUGAUGAGUUUUCCUCUUCUCCUUGCAUUUUUGUAACCGAAGCGGGAACUCAGAAAUCGAAACUAUUGGGGAUGGUUAAAAUAUCCGAUUGGGAAAAUUUAACUGAUAAGGAAGCUAGGGUUUCUGAGUACAUGACAAAGUCAUCUGUUUCAUUGCCCGCUAGUUAUAAAUUUGAGGAUAUUGCGGGCUAUUUAGCAAAAACGAAGCUUGAAUUUGUACCAUUAGUGAGUGAUAAAAAUGAUGAAGGAGAAGAAAUAGUGAAUCUAGUAACAAGUGAUGACUGCGAGAGGAUAAAAGGCUUUCCAAAGUUGGGGCUACCAUCACUGGGCUCGGAUGGUGAGUUUUUGGUGGGGGCAUCGAUAGGGACAAGGGAAUCCGAUAAGGAAAGGCUGGAGCAUUUGGUGAAGGCUGGGGUGAAUGUAGUUGUCCUGGAUAGUUCUCAAGGAAAUUCAAGUUAUCAGAUUGACAUGAUAAAGUAUGCUAAGAAUCUGUAUCCGGAUUUGGAUUUGAUAGGUGGGAAUGUGGUGACAACGUACCAGGCUCGAAACUUAAUUCAGGCAGGUGUAGAUGGGUUGAGAGUUGGAAUGGGAUCAGGUUCCAUUUGUACCACUCAGGAAGUAUGUGCUGUUGGGCGUGGACAGGCAACUGCUGUUUACAAGGUUGCAUCUAUUGCUGCACAGAGUGGUGUGCCUGUUAUUGCUGAUGGUGGCAUUUCAAAUUCCGGGCACAUUGUCAAGGCUUUGGUCUUAGGUGCGUCAACUGUGAUGAUGGGAAGCUUCUUAGCUGGAAGCAGUGAAGCUCCUGGCACUUAUAUAAAUCAGGGUGGUCAUCGAGUCAAAAAAUAUCGAGGUAUGGGAUCCCUAGAAGCAAUGAUGAAAGGGAGUGAUGCUAGGUACUUGGGUGAUACAGCUAAGUUGAAGAUUGCUCAAGGGGUUGUUGGGGCAGUUGCUGAUAAAGGUUCUGUAUUGAAGUUCAUUCCUUACACGAUGCAAGCAGUAAAGCAGGGUUUCCAGGAUCUCGGUGCUUCCUCCUUGCAGUCUGGUCACAACCUUUUGAGAUCAGGCGUGCUAAGACUUGAGGUGAGAACUGGAGCUGCACAAGUUGAAGGUGCAAUUCACGGAUUGGUUUCUUAUGAAAAGAAAUCAUUUUAA